AUGAAUUACCCUGAUGAAAACGAACCUAACAAUUUUGCGAGUACAAUAAAGCUUCUGACGGAGCUGGCAGACUGUGCUCGAGACAUCUUUCUGCCUAUAUUUGAGCAUGGUGAUACACUGAUGUACGAAACGAAACAAGAGGAGGAGUUUGAUUCAGACGAAGAAGAAGAUUUGAGUACAGCAGACGAAGAAGAAGACGAAGACGAAGAAUUUCAUGUUCCUCCAGAAUCAGAAAGAGUAAGGUCGCCAGCCGAUAUAGCAGAAGGAAGCUUUUUCUGGCUCCCCGGUUACGAUUUGACACAUUCAUUCCCUUACAUCACCGGCCUUCCGCACGUCCCUACCAUGUACAUUCGCCUCAUCCGCUUCAUGAGAUACCACUUUUUAAAAGUCGAAUGGUUGGUGGGUCGUAGAACAGCACGCUUAGUGUCAUGUCUUUGGAACGCACACAGACGCAGAAACGAGUACCUCGACCUGCGUCCCCCCGAAGAUACUUCCGAGCCAAUCAUUGAGGUCGGAAUGCUCGAGGAGUUUGUGCUUUCGGUGAUGAAGACUGUCUUGCUUCUCAACGGCAUUGACCCUGCAGCACAUCGUGCUGAAAUGGAAAAUGACAAUGAUGAGGGCUACGACGCAUCAGACGAGCUGGAUGACGAUCUUACACCUGUGACGCUGCCAGAAGCCACCGACUGGGAAUGGCGUUUGGAUAACCUGCCCUUGAUUGACGAUCUUUGCCAGACACCCUACGGGUUUCGCAGCCAAUCGCCAAUUGGAUCGGAGCGUGUUUGUCGAAACCAGUCAGACCAAGAGACGAUCCAGGAAAUCAUUGGCGAGGUAGAACGUGGAGCCAGAUUGCAGCGAAAAUUCAACCAGCAGCGUGAAUCGCUUUUGGCCGCUUUGGACCCUAGACGGUUAUGA